AGCCCGCGGCCCUGUUUGGCAAUGCGGGCCUCAUGCCGGAGAACGCGCCGAACACACCCUCACGACCCAGGGCGGCAGAGCAAGCGCACCGGACACGGCGUGGCGUCGGGACAUCGGGGCGGUCAGCUGGCGCACAAACCGCACAGCGGAUAG